ACAAGAUGAGUACGUACGGAAUAUUUGUGCUCGUUGUUUUGAUUACGUGCGAGUUGUGUUCGAAUGCAGUAGUGCGAUGUGCGCCUUCCCCAACAUCGGCGAACGUGAGAUCUCUGGCAAGGAGCAAAAGUUCAGCUAAUAAUCAAACAACGCUGGACCCAACGGAGGCGCUCGAAAUUCCUCAAGUUUCCGAAUUGGAUGCGGAGAUCGUUCUCCGGGGACUUGGUUACAACGAGGUGGACGAAGUUGAUGGUCUGUCGAUCAGCCAAAGAAUGUCCGAUUCAUCGGAGAAGUCGCUGACGGAUCUGAUACGCAUUUUUCAGCGAGAGCACGGAUUGGACGAGAGUGGUGUCUUAGAUGACGACACCAAACUGGUGAUCGGAUCACCACAUUGCGGAUCGAAGAGAAGCUCAAAAACGGCAAAUGAUGUCUCAAAGUGGACUAAAAAGUCACUCACCUACAGGAUCCAUAAUUUUCCACGUGGCAAAUCGCCUGGCCCCAUUCGAAAAUUGUUAGCUCAAGCCUUUUCCGAGUGGAGUAAGGUUACAAACCUGGACUUCCAGGAGGUGGACACGGAAGAUUCCGAUAUCGAAAUUGGUUUUGGUGGGCAGGUGCAUCAUCAGCGGGGUGACAAAUGCAUGUUUGACGAUUCGAAAACACUGGCACAUGCCUAUUAUCCGGAGGUGGGCGAUAUUCACUUCAAUAGUCAGUACUUCUUCGAGGGUGAUACAUCGCUGACGGACUUCCUGGAUACGGCACUGCACGAAAUCGGUCAUUCUUUGGGACUGGAACACUCCAGUUCCAAAGCUUCACUAAUGCAUCCCACGGAAAGCAAUGGAUUUACGGAACCACAACCGAUGGAUGUUCAGAAAAUACAAGCUUUAUAUGGCGUACGCAGAGGUGGCCGGGCCACGGAAACUUCCGGUCCGAAACUAUGCACGUUAUCCAAGAUUGACGCUGCCAUUGAUGACGACAAUGGAAACGUCUAUUUUUUGGCGGGGAAUUACUUCUAUAAUGCAAAUAAAACUCGUUCCAAGGGAGAACUGAUCUCAAGCAAAUGGCCAGGUUUACCAGGUAACAUAGAUGCCGCUUUCCGAUAUUUGGAUGGUCGAAGUUACUUCUUCAAGGGGGACAAAUAUUGGCGUUUCAAGGGUAGCCGAUUGGAACCGGGACAUCCACGAUCAAUUAGGAAAGCUUUUCCGGGACUGCCCAGCAACUGCGACGCCAUGAUAGUCGACGGAGACGGUGACAUCUAUGCUUUCCGAGGAAAUCAAUACUGGGUCUACGAAACCAAGACCAAAAAGAUUAGCUCGUUAUCUCCUAGCAGCAUACGACUUCUUGGACUACCGAAUAACCUGGACGCUGCGUUGGACACGGAAACCACGAUAGGUGCCUUCAAAGGGACAAGCUACUAUGAAGCCCAAGUGAAUGGAAAGUUCCGAACGACCCACAGUUCGUUGCUGGUAUGUUAAUAAAAGUUUUCAAUUUAGAA